ACUCGAGAAUCACAAUUUUGAAAUCACUACACCCGAUAAUACUCGCAUGGCAGACGUGAAAUGGCGCUGUAAGAACGCUCAAUUGACACCUUGAAGCUACAGCAGGAAACGUAUGAUAGAGAGGCUGAAAUAAACAACUUGUCUGUGAAUAAUAUAAAGUUCUGAAUUCAACGAAUUAGAUUUAAUUUACAGUAGCCGAUUGCGCGAAAAUAUUACAUUUGCUGUACGAAUCGUCUGGAAUUAUCGAUAGUAAUCGGACACAUUUUUUUCUUAAUCUGCCUCUUGUGUUUAACCUAACCCAACCCGUCACCGAAUAUAACCUCGAUUUGCGUCGUUUAAACGUGAUAAAGUGAAACACACCAGUUGUUGUCUACAACAUUUCUGAAUUUACGCGAAGAUAAGGACGUAGGAAGGUUGCCGAGACAAAGAAAUAGAAGCGAAGAAGAGAAGGAAGAAGAUCAGAAUUUCACAUCUCCUUCAUAUAUUGCGUAUAGCAGUAAACCGGUAUCAAACAUUAAAUACAUACAUAAAUAGACAAGAAGAUCAGAUUGAAUGCACAAGUUAACCGUAUUGUGACAUUUCGCCGACAAAAGAGCCUCAAUAUGGUUUGCGAGAAGUGUGCGAAGAAAUUGGGCACAGUCAUUACCCCGGAUCCUUGGAAGGCAGGUGCAAGGAACACAGUAGAAAGCGGAGGCCGUAAAGUAGGAGAGAACAAGGCACUUUCCGCAGGAAAAGCACGAUUUACACCAUAUACUACUAAAUUUGAGAGUUGUAGGAUAUGUAGGCAGAAAGUUCAUCAAGUAGGUUCCCAUUACUGCCAGUCCUGUGCUUACAAGAAAGGUAUAUGUGCUAUGUGUGGUAAAAGGUUGUUGAAUAUAAAGAAUUACAAGCAGUCAGCCACAUAAUUUUUCUUACAAUAGAAUAUGAAAGUUGAGGGACCGGGAGUUUAUAUUAUCUAUAUCAAUGUAUGUUAUUAUGUUAUUAUAUAUUAUGUUAUUAGAAGUACGUCAUUGGAAGACUAAGGAAACUAUAAUGGUUAAUUAACAUCAUGAUUUUCAGAUGCACAUGUUUAUACUGAAAGCUUUUCAUUUCUUUAAACGCUUUGUUAUUUCCUUUAUUUUGUAGUUACAGUUUAUACAUAUGCACCGUAUCUUGAAAUAUAGCUGCAACUAUUGCAGAAUAAGUAAGUUUGCAACCAUAACUAUAUAUAUCUGAUAAUAUGUAACCCUUUUGUGGUGGCAUUACAACAAACAAACGCACAAGAGAGAGAGAGACACUGUUAGUUUGUAAAACUAUACAUCAAAAUUAUAUAUUAUUUGUUAAGUCAACAAUAAUUAUUAUAUUAACCCUUAGCGAACGAAUGCCGCCAUAUUCGCGAUAUUAUAUUCGCAAAUAUGGCAGCAUUCGUUCGCUAAGGGUUAAUAAAAUUAUUAUAAUAAGACAAAUUAUAUAAUUGUAUGUAUAACGACAUUUCGAUUACAAGAUUAUUGCAAAUACAAUCGUCAAUGGAUUGCAAACUUACUAGUAAAAACAUAUAAAUGACAAUAUUUUUAUAUAACACAUACAAACGGAUAUUUAUUUCACGAGUAUAUUUAAUUUAGACAAGAGAGAAUGAAGAUGAAGAAUUUAGGUUGUAAUACGA